AUGUCCUCCACAAAAGGUCUCCAGGGCCGUCUGAAAGAGCUGUCUAUGGCCUUGGGUCAGAUACAACCUCUCGUUAAUCGACUCCGCGAUUUUACUGCUUCUAUUGGACAGGGAGAUGAGGCGCGCCUAGAGCUCGGGAGCGAGAUACACUCUCGGUUGAAGGAUGCCGAGCAGGAUUUGGAGUUAUUACGGGUUGAUCUUGAGGCACUGGAAACGGCCACAGAUACCAGACGAAAAGUGUCGGCCGUUCAUGGCGAGAAAGAGGCUGAAAGGGAGCGGGUUGCUUCCAUGGCGGGGCGGUUGGCCGAGGAGCUCAAGAAGUGGGUUACACUGAUCUGGACACGAGGUGACUUCCGAAACGCGCAAUUGCAAGCGAAGCGGAAUGCAGAGAUCGCCAAGCGGAAGGAGAGAGAGUUGCUGCUAUCGCGAUCAACGACUUCGGAGAAAAAGCAACCUUCUGAUCGAUUCACCCAAGAUGAUCUUGUUUUGAAUGCUUCGAAUGAUGUGACAUCCGCUCUGCGCAGGACGCAUCAACUCAUGCAGGCAGAACUUUCUCGCAGCGCAUUUGCUCAGGAAACACUUGAGCAAUCUACAGUUGCUAUCAACUCCCUGUCCGAGUCCUACAGCGGUCUCGAUACACUUCUUUCAUCAUCCCGCAGCCUUGCUAAUUCUCUUCUCCGCUCACAAAAAUCCGAUACUUGGUACCUUGAAACUGCCUUUUACGUUCUUAUUGGAACAAUCACAUGGCUUGUCUUCCGGCGUGUUCUAUAUGGUCCUCUUUGGUGGCUCCUAUGGCUCCCCUUGAAGCUCAUUGCUCGCGGUGUGUUUGCAGCUUUAGGCGUGGCUGGAGCCUCCAGCGCCGCUAUGCAGUCAUCUGCCGGCUCGCUUUCUGGCGAUAUAUCAUCUGUCAUUCACGAGACAGCUACGGCUAUUGCGGGAGGCACUGUGACACCGUCCGCUGCAUGGGAAGAAGCGUCAGUACCAACUGAUACUGAUAGCGUGAUUGAUAAAAUUGGUCGUAUGGUUGAAGAAGGCAAAGAAGAAAGUGCUGGUAUUGAUGAUAUAACGCCCGAGGAGAGAGAAAGACAAGAUGCACUUCCACGGAAUACGAAAAAGCGGAUGUAUGAGGAUGAACCGGUGCGAGAUGAGCUAUAG